GAAGAGCUGCCAGCCAGGGGAGCGGUGGACACGGCAGCGAGUGACAGCCAGUCCACAUGGCUGGGGACACCAGGAUGGCCGGGAAGGUGGCGCUGCUCCUGUGGGCCCAGACCCUCAGCCUCGCUGGUGCCCAGACCACCCAGCUCCUGGUGGAUCCUCCUUGGACGCCAGCGGUGCUGUGGGACCAGGUGACACUGACCUGCCAGGGCUCGGGGACCACCGGUGCCACCACCUGGUACAAGGAUGGGCAGUACUGGGGGCAGGAGGGACGCGACCACUUCACUGUCAUGGAGAGUGGCACCUACAUGUGUGACAGACCUGGCAGUGGGUGUAGCCCCCCCGUGAACGUUUCAGAAGUUGUCCCUGACCCCUCUGCGCCGGCACGGGCACUGCUGGAGGGGGAAACGGUGACACUGCGCUGCCGAUACAGGCAGGACAUGUUGGUCCAUUCGGUGUUCAUCUACCGUGAGGACACAGAACUGGGGCUGCUCCGCAAUGGGACCCAGUUGUCCCUGACCCCUCUGCAGCUGACCCACAGUGGCCGCUACCACUGCAGGGCCUGGGUGGACAACGGGGUAUCACCGGGAUGGGAGAAGUCAGCGCCGGUGACAGUGACAGUGAACG